AUGAGAAACAGCAAAUUCAUUUCAUACAUUCCAUCUACUAGCAAACACUUCUUGAAGAAAAAUAUUUGUGAGAUCAUUGAGGGAAUUUCAUCCUCUACAAUAGAUGAAGACAAGUUUUAUGAUGCUGAAGAAAAUUUUCCAAUAUAUGAUGACAAGUAUGUCGUAGAAAUUCAAGUAGUGGAUAGUGAGGAUAGCACACCAUUGACAAACCAUAAACACAAACAAAAGGAGACUAUUGAAGAUAAAUAUUCUACUCAAUUGAAACAAUCCUACUGUUCUAUUUGUAUGGAAGCUAAACCAAUUAAAGAAAUUUUCAAAAAUCCAAAUUGUCUACACUCUUUCUGUAAGGAUUGUAUUGGAAGAUAUCUAGCUGCAAAAGUUCAAGAGAAUAUAUCAAAGGUAAGUUGUCCUGAACCAAACUGCAAAGGAACUUUAGAGGCUUGUCACUGUAGUUCAAUUAUACCAAAGGAUCUAUUCGAUAGAUGGGAAAAUGCACUUUGUGAGAAUUCGGUAUUAGAAUCACAAAAAUUUUAUUGUCCUUUUAAGGAUUGUUCAGUUAUGUUGGUGAAUGAUGCAAAGGAAGUUGUGACGGCUUCAGAAUGUCCACAUUGUCAUCGAUUGUUCUGUGCACAAUGUAGGGUUUCGUGGCAUGCAGGAGUUGAUUGUAGAAAGUUUAAAAGUUUGAAAAACAAUGAGCGAGGGAAGGAAGAUUUAUUGGCGAUGAAUCUUGCAAAGAAAAAGAAUUGGAAAAGAUGUCCAAAAUGUAACUACUAUGUAGAAAAAGUUCAUGGAUGUACUCAUAUUACAUGCAGGUGUGGUCAUCAAUUUUGCUAUGGAUGUGGAUGCACUUGGACGGGAGGAUCCCAUUAUAAAUGUAAAGUUCGAUAA